CGGGGCCCGAGGCGGCCCCAGGGAGACCCCGGCCCCCCCCCCUCUCCGGCGCCGCGUGCAUCCGGGGCCCCGGCCGGCCGGUGACGUCAGCGCUAUAAAGGCCUGCAGCGCCUUUGUUCGCUCUCAUUGCGCAGUUGCGGCACGGCGGGAGUGGGGGUCAUUCGUGGCAUCAAAAUGGUUGAAGCAGAUCGUCCUGGAAAACUGUUCAUCGGGGGCCUGAACACAGAGACAAAUGAAAAAGCCCUUGAGGCUGUAUUUGGCAAAUAUGGACGCAUUGUGGAAGUCCUCUUGAUGAAAGAUCGUGAAACCAACAAGUCCAGAGGGUUUGCAUUUGUAACGUUCGAGAGUCCAGCAGACGCAAAAGAUGCUGCCAGAGACAUGAAUGGAAAGUCAUUAGAUGGGAAAGCAAUUAAAGUGGAACAAGCAACCAAGCCCUCCUUUGAAAGUGGUGGUAGGCGUGGGCCGCCACCCCCUCCACGAAGCAGAGGUCCUCCCAGGGGCCUUAGAGGUGGAAGAGGCGGAAGUGGCGCAAGAGGACCACCUUCAAGAGGGAGUCACUUGGGGUCUUCUCGAGGACCACUUCCCAUGAAGAGAGGUCCGCCUCCACGAAGUGGAGGCCCUCCACCUAAAAGAUCUGCACCUUCAGGACCAGUGCGUAGCAGUAGUAUGGGAGGAAGAGCUCCUGUGUCACGUGGAAGAGACAGUUAUGGUGGUCCUCCACGCAGAGAACCGAUGCCAUCACGAAGAGAUGUCUACAUGUCUCCAAGAGAUGACGGCUACAGCACUAAAGACGGUUACUCAAGCAGAGAUUAUCCCAGUUCCAGGGAUACAAGGGACUAUGCGCCACCUCCACGGGACUAUGCAUAUCGUGAUUACGGUCAUUCCAGUUCACGUGAUGAAUACCCCUCGAGGGGCUAUAGUCUUUCCUCUUACAGUGAUCGUGACGGAUACGGUGGCGGACGUGACAGAGACUACUCCGAUCAUCCAAGUGGAGGAUCCUACAGAGAUUCAUAUGAGAGUUAUGGUAACUCACGUAGUGCUCCACCUGCACGAGGGCCCCCGCCAUCUUAUGGUGGAAGCAGUCGGUAUGAUGAUUACGGCAGCACACGUGAUGGAUAUGGAAGCCGAGAAAGUUACUCAAGCAGCAGAAGUGAUGUCUACUCAAGUGGCCGUGAUCGUGUUGGAAGACAAGACAGGGGUCUUCCCCCAUCCAUGGAAAGGGGCUAUCCACCGCCUCGUGAUUCAUACAGUAGUUCAAGCCGCGGAGCACCCAGAGGUGGUGGCCGUGGCGGAAGCAGAUCUGACAGAGGUGGAGGCAGAAGCAGAUACUAAAAACACUCUUAAAUUUUUUGGACCAAGAUAAAUUUCGCAAACAAAAAAAGUGGAAGUUGUUCUAUCUUUACUACCAGAGGACUACUAAAAGGAAAAGUUGUUUUUACCUUUUUUUAUUGUUGCCUGUUAAGUUUUCCCCUCCAUGACUUUUAUGCUUUUGUGAAGAAAAGUUAAACCAAUGUUUAAUUUCAUUUCAAAAUUGUUAACAUUUCUUUCAAAAGGCAGAUGUUAAAUGUAUAAAAGUUGAGCUGUGUACUAGUGUUGUAAUUUUCAAAGUAAAGUUUCCCUGAAAUGCCA